GUUCAUGACACCUUCGUUCGCGACGCCCUUUCGUCCCUCGAACCAUCCACCGCGAUUCGCGAAUUCUUCGUCGCGAAUCGUGAACCAGCGUCCCUGGACGCGUUUCUUAACGGGGUCAGUCGAUAAUCGACCGUUCCGAGGUGUUUGUACGCGAAUGGAGUGAUCGUCUCGCGAAAGGGCAUCAGGAGGGCCGAGUGAGUGGCUCGCGAAGGCUUAUGCCCUUCCGUGGCCGCGAGACUGACUUUUCGACGUACGCGAAAGGUGUCACGCGAGUUGCUGCUCGGCGCAAGGGUGUGCGACCCGUCGCGUUGAUCAUUUUCCCGGCUCGGGCAUCGAUCGUUCGCGAUAAAGGCGAGUGUCGGGGCCUCCGUUACGCGUUUGGGGAAGUGUCGUCCAGUCACGGUAGGGGUUGGUUUGGUGUGCGCAGUUAGUUGUGUCUAUCAUCACGCUACGGUGCAUCGCCAUGGAUAUUUCGUCGGGCGGUCGCGAGAGCUUCCGCUCCCGUGCGACGAAGCUUGAAAGCUGCCAGAGCUUUCGAGUCAGAGUCGAAGGGGAAACCAGGGGAUAAAGGAUGCUACGGAUGGUAGAAUUAGCCUCCCAACGUUGUGGAAGCUCGACGAGAGGAGCAGCGAGAGGAGGCUCCGUGUAGACUCGACGUCGCAAUUUAUUUUUUAUUAUUAUAAUCCUGCCCCCCGAAGAUCCUCGUAAAAAGGACUCUGGGGAUCGCCUUGGCGAGACGGACAGUUCAUAAACCAGGCGUUUUCCCCGUCUCGAGGGUCUGGAUGCGUUCCAAGCGGUUGAAAGGUUAACGUGGACUGUUCCGCGCGUCAGAGGCGAACGCCAGCGCCCUGGAAAAAGGAGAAACGUAGACUCGAGUUUGCUGAGUAAAAAUCGGAGGAGGCCUUGGCGAGUGGCUUCUCCGAGCGACUUGACGGUGCCAGGAUUCGCGGUGGAUCCCAGCUCGCGUGCAUCCCGAGUGGGCGGAUGCCGCUGUCCAUGCCAAGGACACGUAUCCUCGGGCGCGAGAGCGGAGAACAAUGAGGAUUUCAACGUGGUGGCUCGCGGGGACGCCGUGUCGGGAAUGCAGCGUCCAUAGCGUCUCGUGUCGGUCGUGUUCCUCGUCGUGGUCGUCGUUGAGCCGCGUCAACGAAACCUAGCCCACGUUGGUUGCCCGUUGGUCGACGAGACGACGCCGUUCCGUCGUCGUGGUGCACACCGUGGGAAUAAAUCUAGAGACCGGGUGACACGAGAGAGAGAACCUGGAACAGGACGAAAGGAGCCGCGGUACCCGAACGAGGCGAACGAACCGACGAUAAAAGAGAGGCUAACGAGCCGAACAGGAUGAGUCACUUCGACUGGAAGCUGCUGCGCCGGAAGAAGGUGAUACCGGCGGAGCGUCGUGUGCCAGAGAAGGAAGAGACCUGGACGCUGGCCCCAGACCAGCAGGACCCCUGCUCCUUCUUCGAUGACUUACCCAAGCCCAAAGGCUCCCAGGACGUCGACACCGCGAAGAUCCUCGCUGAGCCAAGUCCAGCUGAGACCAGCGAGGCUCCCGAGUGCAGUACUUUACCUCGCAGUCAGGAGACCAGAAAAAGCAAGACGAAGAAGGUGAAGAGUUACCUGAGGAAGUGCAAGGGCGCUCUGUCCAAAGGCGACGAGAGCGUCUCCGAGAAGAAACGUCAGGAGCAAUGCACAUCCUGGUACCUAGAGGGGUCCAGAGCCUCGGUUUAUCAAGAGGACACGGAAGUUCUUCUGGAGAAGCAGGACGAGCUUCUGGACGAGAGGAUCGUCGAUGCCGAAGAACUAUCACCUCCAGAGUUACAGGAGGUCGAGGACGAUGCUACCACUCGAGUGGACGAUCCUCUGGAGAAUCCUGCGAAGGGCGAGACUUGCGACGAGACCCCUGAUGAGGCUCUCGCCAGGUUGCUCGACGAGGAUCGCAGAAACGACCUGAAGAGGAGUCGUACGUCCCUGUACGAGGACGCCAGGGACUCCACGAAUGACCAUUGUCCGGUAGAGGAAAGCUGUGACACGGGGAAGACGGUGGCUGAGCGGAACGACGCGGUUUCACUCGAGACGUUGGUCACGGAAGACACGAACCUGAACAAGUGUGACUCCAACGACACCCUGAUUGCGGAAGCAGCGGAGAACUUGGGGCGCGUGCCUGAUGGUUCGUUGGUCGUCGAUGGCGAAGAGUCAGAGGAGGAUGAGUGUCCCUUCGAAACCCUGCGGACCGUGCCGUUUGUAGGCGGCCGUGAUGGCGUCGCCUUGCUGGUCGAGAGCAUGCUCGGCCCGAUUUACGGCGAAGGCGUUAUCAAUCAGCUGAUAAGACAGGCGCGGGACAUCCUGGUCUGCGCUUAUUACGGCGAGUUGGAGUACUUCCUCAAGUCUUAUCUCUCACCGGCUGCGUCCCUGCUCGCGGAAGUGAAGUCCGUCGCCUCCGAAUCGGGAAACGAAUCGGUGGUACCAGAAGGCUGGCCUCUGACGCUGGGCAAACGUGGCCUCAUCCUGCAGCUAGAAGAGCUUGAUUUCUCCGCACUGCGUAUCGGGGAAUGUCACCUGUGCAUACGCAGCGCAGCUGCAGUUGCAACCACCUCGGGGAGCGGCGAAGCGGCCGCCGGUGAAACCGUCGAGCGGAAUACCGUCGAGAUCGCAGUGGUUUGGCGAACGACGAAGAUGAGGGCCCCAGGGUUCCUCGGUUGGGACCGCGACGAGGAAUUCAUGGACUGGCGGGAGGUGUCGCGAAAGGGCCAGGGUAGUACGAGCGCAGCCAGCGGGAACCUGGUCGGGUCCCAAUCAGCUACUACCGCGAAGAGCACGCGGGUGCGACGAAGAUCCCGCGAGGAAACCCGCUCGAGAACGCGCGAGUCGGGCCACGCGUUCGAGUACCGUCGCGACGAGACGCGAUCCAUCGACAGGCUGGAGUUCAAGAGCUCGAACGUGACCGGUGUGGCCGUAGGCGAAGUCGAAACGGGCCACGCGGUGAUGAAGUCCAGAUCGACAUCGAGCGUGGACACGUGGAAGGCGGAGCUUGACGAGGAGCUGAACGCCAUUGCGACGCGGGCCGUCCCGAACAACCCUUCUAGUCUUUCUAGCGACGAGUAUCGAGCCAAAGUGAAGAGGUACGCCAAGGUCGUCUCGCCGACGACGAUGGGAAAGUGCAGCGUGAUCAGGAGCAGAGCCCUGUCCCCCGAGGACCUGAAGACUCCGCUUCGGUUGGACGAAGCUGUCCACGAGCGGAAAAUAGACGGAAAAGCGGUCGACGCCGAGGACAGGCUGCAAAACGUUCGCAGCUUGGACAAGGUCAGCGACGACGACCUGCCCGUCUUCAUCGGGAACCUCCUGUUCUCCGUGGAGAGGAAAAUCGAGAGGGUCUCGCUGGACGACCUCACGUUCCCCUGUCCAGCGUGCAGGAACAUAGACACCGACGACCCGUUGCUAGGGUGCAGGUGCGCCGGCGACGAGUGCAGUUGCGGAAUUGGCGAGGACGCAUGCGACUGUGCAUCAUCAAAGACGAGGCAAGAGCAAUCCAGGACCUUCGAGGUGGCGGGGAUCAAGCAUAUCGACAGCGACGACGAGGAGGAGGUGCGGAUGGGAUUCGGAACGAAAAAGAGAGUUGACGACGUGGUAGCGCCCAGGACCAUUCACGACAUACCGGAACACGUUCUCACGUGCGGCCUCACGCUUCCUGGAUGCACGGACGCGAGUGGCAGGCCUGUUCUCGAGUUCGAGGAUUACCCCUCUAGAUGGGACGCCCUCUGCGUUAAGGAGGUGUCGUCGUUUCUCCUCUACCUCGCCCGUUUACCCAGCCCUGAGAGCGCGAGGAAUGGAUUCACCCUUCUGGCCCGAGGGGCCUACCCCGAGCGCGUGGAGUUCCUGGACAAGGUCCUAGCCCUUCUGCAGGACCGAAUCAACGUUACUCGAGUUCUGCUCCUGCAGAGUUCGGUCGUCGAUGGCUCGACCGAUUCCCAGUUACCUUUGAGCUGCGUCAAGACCACCAUUGUGGACGACGCAGCUUUGAGCAAACACAUUCCCAGGCGGGAAGAAACCCACGAUCGGACGCAGUGGAUCGCAUUCUAUAAGGAGUACGACAGUCUCAUGACGGAAUGGCAGGCAGCUGGACGGAGACUGGCUCUGGAGAUGUCUGAGCUGAAGGAAUGCAGCAGCCUGUCCGGAACGUUGACGCCUCUCGGUCGGCUCCUCACGGACCCCACAAUGAGACGAACGUCCAGAGAUGCUGAGGAAGCGAUCGCCACGCUGGAGGAACGCGCCUCGCCGCUCAUACACCUCGAGCACGUUAGAUUGUCGGUGAAACGGGCACGGAGAUUGGUGGAGGAGGUCGGGAACGCUGCCACCAGACUGGAAUCGUCGUUCGAGUCCCGGCGGGCGACCAUUCGCAAUCUCGCGGUUCUUCGGAGCAUCGAGGACCAGGCGCGUGAGGUGUUGUCCUGGUUGUGCAAAAAGGGAGAGGACAUUCUAUCGAAACACGCGCAACACGCGGCGACGAAUUUGACGACCGCGCGACUUCACGAAAGAGAAUUCGAGAAGUUCUAUUUCACGUCGAUGAGACAUCUUGAUAAAGGAAGCGACCUUGCCGAGGCGGCGAGCGCUAGCGGACUCCGUGAGCUCGCGAGAUCCCUGAAGCAGCACAUCCGAGGAUUCGGUUUCCGCCUGGAGGACAGGCGCGAGUACCUCGAGGACACGUCGAGAUGUUGCCUGCUGCAGGAUCGCGCGUACGAGUGGGCCCAGGAGGCUCGUCUCGCGGGCGAGAGAAGGGCCCAGCAGUUCCUGAUGGCCAGACCACCCCUGCCGGCCGAGCAUUUCACGGAAAUGAUGGCGCUCGCCGAGAAGCUCGGUAACGAGAUCCUCCUGGAACAAUGCCGCAUCGCGAGGAACAAGUGCGCGGAAGCCCUCGAGAUGGCGAGGACUACUUCCGCACCAGGCAGCCCGGCCAGGAGGAGAUCCUUCGCCGCCUCGGAGUCUGCUACGUCCUGGGAGGACAGUCUUACCAAAAGAACUUCGUGGGACGACAGCGACAGUAGCGCGUCUUACGCUUGUCCCAUGGAGAGCAUGGGGUCCGUAGGAAGUGGCGGUCGACCAGUGUUGGACAACAUCGCAGAGCUUCGAGAGAGUGCUGAGCAGCUCCUUGAUUGCUCUCCACCAAGAACGCCGCCCAGAAGUCCGGCGCCGCGACGACUGGUGAAACCCCCGGUGAAUUCGCACCUGCACAGGGCGGCAAGCAUCGCGCCUGGCAUGAAGGCCAAAAAAACAAUACUGCUCAUAAUGAGGGAAAUGAUACAGACCGAACGAGACUACGUGAAGUCCCUCGAGUACAUAAUAGAGAACUACAUCCCGGAGCUGGUGCGGGAGGACAUCCCCCAGGCACUCAGGGGACAGCGCAAUGUGAUCUUCGGCAACGUCGAGAAGAUCUACGAGUUCCAUAGUCAACACUUCCUGCGGGAACUGGAACAGUGCGAGCAGUCGCCGAUGAACGUGGGACAAUGCUUCCUCAGACACGAGAAGAAAUUCUACCUGUACGCGCUGUACAACAAGAACAAGCCGAACUCGGACUCCCUGAUGGCCGAAUACGGCACCGGCUUCUUCAAGCAGAAGCAGCUCGAGCUAGGCGACAAGAUGGACCUCGCCAGCUACCUCUUGAAGCCGGUCCAACGAAUGGGGAAGUACGCGUUGCUCUUGCAGCAGCUGGUCAAAGCCGGCACCGACCUCUCCGAGCAAAUGUCCGGCAAAGAGGAGAAGGAGGAGAAGGAGGACGGUAUGAAGCCGAUGGUCGAAGGGGAGGCGGAUUUGAGGGCGGCCGAGCAGAUGGUCAGGUUCCAACUGCGCCACGGAAACGAUCUCCUGGCGAUGGACUCUCUUCGAGAUUGCGACGUGAACGUGAAGGAGCAGGGGAGACUGCUACGUCAGAACGAGUUCUUGGUCUGGCAGGGUAAAGGGAAGAAGUGUCUGCGACAGGUCUUCCUGUUCGAGGACCUCAUCCUCUUCAGCAAGGCGAGAAGAUUCCCCGAUAGAAAGAACCUUGACAUCUACAUCUACAAGCACAGCAUCAAAACGACGGACAUAGGGCUGACCGCCGUGAUCGCGGACUCGCCCACGAAGUUCGAGAUUUGGUUCCGCAAGAGGAAACCGGGUGACACGUACACGUUGCAGUGCGCCAGCGAGGACAUCAAGAAAGCCUGGACGGAGGAACUGAGCAACCUUUUAUGGAAGCAGGCGCUGCGAAACAGAGAAGUGCGCCUGGCAGAGAUGUCUAGCAUGGGCAUCGGAAACAAACCUUGUUUGGACAUUAGGCCUAGCGCGGAUCAGAUCAAUGACCGUUCUAUCAGCGUAGCUCAACUGUCGAAGACACCUAGAUUUAGAAACUCGAUAGCGGUGUCGACGUCAGAGGACUCGGGACGUUGCAGCAGGAGGCCGCACAGCGUGAUCUCCGUGAGCUCGUCCUCGAGUAGCGGUGGCAGCAGCGGUCCUCCCACGACGCUGAACCUUGGUUUGGAUACGAGUCCUAGGCCACAUCACCGUAGCACUACUCUUAAUAGUCAGUGCAGCGUCGAAAGCGGUAUAAUAGCUGACAUCUCGAUCGUCUCCGACGACGGAGGCGACGGCACCGAGAGAAGUCACUGGAACUCGACGCUGGAGAGUCCCACGUCUCACCUGCCGACAACGUCUACGCCACUCCAAUCACCGACCAGCACGAUCGCGGCAACAGUUACCUCGGCUUCUUCGUCCGACACCAAUCUUGCACCCUACGACCAAGACAUGUCCAUUAAUUUAUAAACGCCAACCCCUGAACCGGCUGGCAACUGAUAUAGAGCAGAGUAUACAUACAUAUAUAUGUUGUCGAUUCACUUGCAAGUUGUCCCACAGCGAAUGCAGCGCUACUCGCGCGUGGUACCGGUUUAAAGUGCGUUUCAAGAGCGCGUAUUUUCUUGAGCAAUCGUGGCAACGACCAUACCACGAGACGAAAGUAUAAACGACACCCGUACACAGUCCAUAAGACCGCUGCAUCACGCUUAUUGCCCGUUGCAUACAAAUUAACAUGAACGACCACCGUUUGGAGAGAGGUACACACACACACACACACAUAGACAAACACACACGUACGCAAGCUAGAACCAGAAGUUCUCGGGUAUGCUCAACUUUCAAGUGAAUUUAUCUUUUGAUACGCUUCGUGUUUCACUGAUCUACGCGAUCGCAUAGUUGUCACGUGUCUGGAUUUUUAUAAACCAUUGAUUUUCAGAAGUAACGGCAACGUGUAUUUUCUUAUACUGUCUCCUCCGAAUCCACCAUCGUGCUCAAGAGAAUCGUAAAUAGAGAGAUACGUUCCGACGGGAUAUAUGCAUAUAUAUGCAGAAUAUAUGUGUAUAUACGUAUAGAUGUGUUACGGCUGCAUGCCUAACCACGCGCUGCAGUAUCGCGAACGGCAUGCACCGGUUGCCAUUUUUCUCCCAUUAACAUUGGCAUUCCUGAUACCAGCGACUGAGAAUAUUCUUCAAUUCCCGAUGACUCGUCUAACGGUACUUUUAUACUUUAUUUAUAUGUGUAGUUAAUAAACGAAUCGAUAUAUUCCAUCUCCACGUUGUGUUCGCGCAUGGUAUGGACGAUAAACUCGGAGCGGUUUCGCUUAUAAUGAAACACCUGAAGACCAACCGAUUUUCCCGUUUUCUCUUCUCUUCGGGUAUUCCAUUAGUCGUCUGUCCCCCUAUUUUGGUCUUUGCAACGCGUCCCUCUUCAGGAAUGUCAAAAAAAAAAAAAUAAAAAAUGAAAAAAAUUGAAUGCGCACAAAUACAAGAUACCACUUUGUAAUAUAAUGUAAUAUUAAAGGUUUAUACGAUGUAGCCACAAGUAAUAUAACCGAUAGUCUAAAUAUUAUUUCCAGAUUAUAUAUUAAAUAUAUAUACAUAUAAUAUUA